UCACACAAUUCCCCCUGUUCAACAUUUAACACUGUUUGGAGACACCCACCUUCACUCUCCUCCUUUCUACGGAGCCUCCAAAAAUUUCAUCAUCAUCGAACCGCAUGAAAAAUGACACCGUGGCAUUGGAUGAUACUGCACAUAAUCCUGCUUGUAUGCUGCGAGACGGUUCAAGGUGCGUGGGGUAAACUGCAACCAUGUGAAGUGGAGACUGGACAAACGAACAUCAUACUGGACAUCGAGGAGAGUCGAGGCGACUCCAUCGGCCAGCGAACAAUCCCACCUGAAUUGCCAAUUUAUGGUGAUCCCGACAGUGAAAUCCUUCUGGAUCUCGUCUUCCCCAAGGGGAACAAGAUGUUCGUCCUCAAUGGCAAGGCUCUGCAGCUGAUUAAGCCCCUGGACAGGGAUGAGGAAAAUCUGAGCCACACCAUUUUCCAGAUUUCAUGCACCAUCAGAUCGACACAUCGUAAGAGAAAUAUUCCAAUAAUAGUUCGUGUUUCCGAUGUUAAUGAUAAUGCGCCAGUAUUUAUUAAUACGCCAUAUGAGACAACCGUUCCAGAGUCAACACCUGUUGGCACAACCAUCUUCAGGAAUAUUCUGGCCCAAGACAUCGAUGCUGGCGUUAAUGGUCUCGUGGAGUACUUCAUUGUGGAGGGCACGAAAAACAUAACAGAUGACAAAGUGAUUGCCGCAGAUGGCUAUGGGACAUUCUCCAUUGGCUUCCCCCAUCAGGGACAGGUCACAGUGGCCAAAACACUGGACUACGAGCGCAUUCAGCGAUAUUAUCUAACAAUUGUCGCCUCGGAUCGCGCGAGGAAUGUCUCUGAGCGCUUGACAGCAACCACCACACUCACGAUUAAUGUGGCCGACUCUGACGACAUGGAUCCAUCAUUCAUCUAUCGCGGCUGCAUCCUGCUCGACGGUGCCUGCAUCAAUCCCGAGUACACGGCUUCUGUGCCCUCUGGGUCACUCCAGGGUGUUCUGUCGGUGCUACCUGAAAAGAUUCAAGCCAUUGACUUGGACACGAUAAGCUCACCCAUUCGAUAUACAUUCCUCAGUGGGAUGCCCUCAAACUACGACGAGUUCUUCGCCAUCGAUGAGCAGACGGGUAUAUUGAAGCAAGUGAAGGUGAUUGACACGUCAGUGGCCAAGAAGUUCGAUAUCAUCGUGAAAGCUGAGGAGGUGUCCGAGGCGAGACGUUUCACCACCGCCAAGUUAUCAAUAACCGUCAAACCAGUUGACUCCAAUCCACCAGUCAUCGCGUCUUCAGACACCGAGGGUUUUGUGGAUGAGAACUCGUCGAUAGGAACAAAAAUAGUGGACUCCAAAGGCAUGCCCAUCCGUCUCACCACAACCGACGCGGAUUUCACGGAUGAUGACCCAAAGCCCGACUAUAUAUAUGAACUCACGACGCCCUAUUUCACGGUCUCCGAUGACGGCAACCUCCUCGUGAAUGAGGAGAAUCUCGACCGUGAUCCGCCCAAUCCGGGAGUCUUCCGCUUCCAGGUGGUGUCACGCGAGAAGUCCACAAAUGUCGCCAGUGCGCCCCUCAGCUUAACUGUGACAUUGCGUGAUGUCAACGAUAACCCCCCAAAGCUGCCCAUGAUCGCCCCUGUGACCAUUAUGGCCGGCGAUGAGACGCGCUUCGUGACCAAAGUCACCGCCACGGACAACGAUAUGGGCGAGAAUGCCGUCAUAACUUAUUCCAUCUAUCACGUAUCCAACAACGGCGUGAAGAAAUUCUCCAUAGAUGAGCGGAGCGGUGUUAUUGAAACACGUGGGCCACUCAAUGCCGGGGAGCAGUACAGUAUCACGGUGCAAGCCACUGACAUUGGCAAUCUCCACUCACAGGCUAUUGUGGAGGUGGCCGUCACUCCGGGCCCUAACACCAAACCGCCGCGCUUCGUGAAGCCUGUGUAUGAGGUUCAGGUGAGUGAGGGAGCUGAUAUUAAUGCCACCAUAGUGGUUGUCAAGGCUGAGGAUCCUGAGAAUGAUCCGGUGAAGUAUGCUAUUCUCUCGGGAAAUGACCUGAGACAGUUCUCAGUGGCGCCCGAUACUGGAGUCAUCAGUGUUAUUCGAAAACUCGAUCGGGAAGAUCUCACUCGAUAUCAACUCAUCCUUCGGGCGGAGGACAAUGGAGGACUGGCCACAACUGCCACAGUCAAUAUCCGUGUCACGGAUAUCAACGAUAAUAACCCAGAGUUUGAUGAGAAUGCUCAACCGUAUCGGUUUAAGGUGGAAGAAGGUCGAGCUGACACUUUGGUAGGAGUUGUUCAUGCUACAGACGCUGACGAUGGAGUUAAUGCUGACAUUACAUACUCUUUACCAUCUGAUAUUCCUUUCAAAAUCCACCCUAAAUCCGGAGAAAUUCGCACAACCACUGCUCUCGAUUAUGAGAAGGUUAAAGAGUACAAAUUCGUGGUCACGGCUAAGGAUGGAGCACCUGACCGUCGACUGGGAACUGCAAGUGUUUCUGUUGAAGUGACUGAUGUUCCGGAUGAAGUUCCUGUGUUCUCUGACGAUAGACUAGAAGUUAGAGUUCCAGAAAAUGUUCCCGAUCUUACAAUUGCCACUGUUAAGGCAAUUGAUCCAGAUACAAAACCAGAAAUUACGUAUCAAAUGCGACAAGGGGCUUCUGAGCUUUUCCGCGUAGACCCGAGAAAUGGUCAAGUUAAGACAAUUCGGGGAUUGGAUUAUGAGAAGGAGAAAACGCACGAACUAGUCAUUGGAACUGUGGAGAACUCUGGCAAUGAGGUUGGAGAUGUGGUGCGGAUUCACAUUGACGUGGAGGAUCGUAAUGAUAUUCCACCAGUUUUCGUGAGUGUACCUGAGCCUGUUACAGUGAAUGAUGACCAGAAAAUUGGCACGAUUGUGGGAUCAAUGCCGGCAAUUGAUGGUGAUGGAACGGCGCCCGGAAAUGUGGUGCGAUACGAAAUGGUGGGCAGAGGUAAGGCUCUCAAGUACUUCCAAGUUGAUCCCGAUACUGGUGUCAUUCGCUUGCGGGAUGAACUUAAUAAGGAAGAUGAUACUGAGUACCAAGUUGACGUGAAGGCCUUCGAUUUGGGAGAUCCUCAGCUUUCUUCCGUUGCGACACUGCCGGUGUUCGUGAGACAUCUUCUCAAUGAUCCCAAUGGUGGUGGUGGAGAGUAUGAAGCGCGAGUGGAAAGUGGAAAUUUAAAUAGUGGCACGUUUAGCAAUCAGAUUGGUCUAGCUUUCAGCGAAGAUAACUACGUGGCUCAUGUGUCGGAGACAGCUUUGGCAAACUCCACCGUAAAAGCUAUACAAAUAGUGAAUUCGAAGAAGGCAACAAAGGUGAAUCCAGGCUUCAAGUGUGAUAUAAUAAAGGGAAAUAUCUUUGGACAGUUCCGAGCAGUCGUUGAGAAUCACUCAUGCGUUGUCAGUCUAAAUCGUCAACUGGAUUAUGAGAAUAAAACCCUCCAUGAUCUUGACGUGAAGCUAUCAUCGCUAAAGUACUUUGUGAACCCGCUGAAAAGUGUAACCAAACUGAAGAUAGUGGUGCAAGAUGAGAAUGAUAAUCCGCCAGUGUUUGUGAUACCAACCUAUUCGACUGAUACUCAACAUCCAGACACUUACUACGGUGUAGUUCCUGUAGAUGCUGACAUAGACACGCCAAUUCUGCAGGUGAAAGCCACUGAUAAGGACUCCGGGAAGUUUGGCAUGAUCAAGUACCGAUUGCUAGGCUCAGAGACUAAUCAUGUGACCACUGAUGAAGAAGCUACAUCGUACUUUGCCAUAUCGGAAGACACAGGAAUCGUGAAACUUCAGAAAAGUGUGAAGAAUCUCAAGUACUCUCCAGUGAUUCUAUCUGUAGAAGCUAUGGAUAACAAUGGACAGAGCGAUUCACCAUUCAACACAGCCUUUGCGCGAAUUGUAAUCAAUACCAUUGCUGACAUCAAUAGGAUGUCUUUAGUUUUCUCAGAUGCUAGUCCAAAGGAUGUCAAGAGUCAUGGCAGAGCGCUGGAGGAAUUGUUUUCAGAAAAGACAUCUGGCCUCAUUGCUGGCAUUGAGAGAUUCAGCAAUAGAAAGUUUCUGACUGACAAUGGAACUGUUGAAGAAGAUCCCAAUGCUACAGAUGUUUGGUUUUACGUGAUUGAUCCCAAAACCGAAACGAUUCUCUCUCGCAAUUCGUCAGAAGUGAAGAGUCAACUCAUUGAGGCAGAUGCCCAGUCUGAGCUCAGCUUUGCCGCAUCGGGAAUAGCCAAAGCCACUGCCCAAGGGAUUUACGCUCCAGUGGAGAGUCGAAGGCAUAUCCACAAAGUUCGAACUGCCAUCGCUGUGGAUAAUGACGUCUUCCCCUAUGCUUUGAUCGCUGUAUCUCUGGUUAUUCUGAUUCUGGGCACCAUUGGCAUAAUAUACAUUUGCGUCUCUUGGUCGCGCUACAAGAACUUCAAAGAGCGAUUGCGACACUAUCCCACCCCACCGAAUCCCAUGCGAUAUGACCCAGUAAUCAUUGGCAACCACAAUGCCGAUGCCAGCACAACUAGUUUGAAAGAGUACGAGACCCAAGUGCUGGCGAUGGCGGUAAAUGCUGAUCAGGAGGACGAUCUGCAAAUGGACUUCAGUACGAAGAAUCACGCCUUCACCCUGGAUAAUGUGAGUUACAUCACACACAAAGAGAACGGAGGACGAAGCCCUUCCCACUCUGAAGCCACCACAGCGGCGAUGUCAACGCUUCAGCGCAACAACAAUAACAAUCUCAACAAUCAAGCGACCGGCAACAAUCGACAGAACACCUUCAAUCGCGCCCUGGAGAUUAACCGCAACAACGCUAAUCCCUUGGGCAAAAACGCGGGAACACUCACGCUGGGGCGAAUAAAGUCUGAGAGGAACCACUACAACAAUGGGUACGGCAUGAAUUCGCUGAGUAGGAAUAAUCUGACCCAAAAUAACACAUUCAACACGCUCAAUGGAACCACAUGCAACAUGUACAGCGGCGGCGACAGCAACGAACUCAUGACCAACACCUUGGGUCGCAAUAAUAGGCACCAAAAAGACAUAAUGCCAGUUACGAGUCCUCUAUUCCAGCAGAGACAAUACGGCGGAGCUCAUUUCAAUCAUCCGAGUGCAACAAAUGAGAAUGUCACAUUCGCCAACAAAGACUACAAUCCACUGGGUUUUGCCUACCUGAACGAUCUUGACCGAUCCGACGUGGAGACCACCACCGAAUUGUAGGAGCACAGCGAUAGAGCAAAUCGACCAGUAAUUGUUUCAUCAAUUUGUUAACAAGUGUUCUUUAGAUGUGUAGUAACUCGAGUCAGAGGAUGGCUAAAGACACAUCCUCAAUAUUUAUUUUUCUCUUUAUGCUACAAACAUUGUGUUUACUCAAAACAGAAGAGACAAAAUUAUUUUUCAACGUGCAUUUUUAUAUUGACAUAUACAUCUUUCAGUGUAUGUUGAGCCAUCUUGGGGUGUUAUGUUUCUCAAGAGGAAGAAGAAGACGAAAAAAGACAUACUACAAUAGGUAUAAUAUGAUUCAAUUAGGCCAUGUAUAAUUAGAUUAAAUUAAAAUACAAAAGAAUGCGUUGUGAAGUAUAUAAUUAUAUCUAUAUUCCAUCCCAUUUCUCUCUGAUGCGUGAGAUGAGUACAUGAUUUUCAUUAUUUUGUAAAUAACUAUGAUUAGGACUGCAUACAAUAUUCCCUUGUCUCUUCACUGAUUUUCCACGACGAAGAGUAUAACAAAAUGUUAAAAGUAACAUUGUCAAUCAAGUGUAAAUAUUCUUAUAAAGAUAGAUAUUUUAUUUUAUGCAAUAUGUAUAAUGUAAGUUACUUUUUUAUACUUCCGCGAUUAUUCACUGUAAAAUACUGCAAGAAGGAAAAUAUUUUUAUGUGUCACUAUGUCUCAAGACUCUUAUAUAGGAUAUAUAGAAAAAACUUCAUAUCAAUGUGUGAAUAAAUAAUGUGAAAAACAAAUAAAAUAUUCAUUAUACGAUCAAACUGGUGAAACUCUUCAAUUGUU